CCAAAAGACAGGGGAGGGGCUCGGUAUAAAAUCCUACCCAGAAGUCCUGUUGAAACUUGCCGGUCAGAAGAGAGAAAAUCAGAAAGAAAACAGCAGAAGUCAGGUAACAACAUUCAUACUGCACAGGUGAAGUUCACAGGCAACUCUUAAGUGGACUUUAUCUAAAAUCCCUUUCUCUUCAGAUUUUCAAGGAUCAAAGCAUGGAAUGGAUGAUUUAAGACAGCAAAGAAACUAUUCAGGAGGAAGUUCAGGAGAUAGAGGCAUCACGGAAACAACAAUCUCUACUACUAGAAUUACAUCUUUACCUCCACGAGGCUUCAGUGCAUCCGCCAACAAGGGCAUGUCAAGCACUUCUGGGUCUUCUGGCCUGGAGAAGAACAUUUUGACUCAAAACAACAGCAGUCCUUUUUUCUCAUCCUCAUCUGUGGGUGUGAGUGCAGGUGGGUUCGGCUCUAGAUCAGGGGAAUAUCUGGUAGAGGAGACAACUGUGAGCAGGAAGACAGGUGGUGCCUCUGGAGUUUUCGAGAGUGUCUCUGGAUCGGGAACAGGGUCGAGGGUGAGAUCCAGCUCCACUGAUGGCAUGAGAAGAACGCAAGACUCCCCUUUGUUUGUGGAGAGGAAAAGCAAAACUACUCAUUCACGUCGUUAUGAUGGAAGCUCAAGUGACAGCUCAUCCCCAGAAAUAAAAAGAAAGGACUAUGGUUCAACAAGAGGAAGGAGUCAAAGCAGGGAGACGGAAAUCAGGACCAGGCUUCAGAGUGCAUCUCCCUCCACUAGAUGGACAGAGCUGGAUGAUGUGAAGAAGCUGCUGAAGGGAUCACGAUCGGCCAGCGUCAGCCCCACACGAUCUCCCUCCUCCUCCCCUCUCCCUAUACCUCGCAAGGCCAGCACCUUAGACACCAAGAUCUCCACCAAGCAAGUCGAGCAAUAUGACACCACUAUUCUUGACGCUGACCUGGCCUCAUACACAUGGAACAGCUCCACACUGCCCUCUACAGUCUCCACUGGUACUGCUUACGGCUUCAACAGCAACACCAACAACAUGUCAACGGGAGCUACUCUUGUUAACAGCACAUCACCAUCCUCCUUAUCAGUGUAUGGCUACCACAACAAUUUAGCUCCUGCGAGUGGAGUUCUAACUUCCAGUGGAGUUAACACACACUCAGGAUAUGGAGUGCAGAAGAAUUAUUUGACAAGUCCCAGCAGCACUCUUGGUGUUGGCACAGGCAUCUCCACCACAGGUCCACCAGGAAUGCCAGGACAUCCAGGAAGAGAAGGACAAAAAGGAAGUGCAGGUGAACGUGGUCCAGAAGGACCACCAGGUUUCAGAGCAAGAGAUGGUCAGCCUGGACCCCGUGGAGAGCCAGGACCCCCAGGGGCCGGAGAGAAGGGUGAAAGGGGUAUUCCUGGUCCUCCUGGCUCUCCUGGUCUUGUUGGUCCACCUGGGCCUAAAGGUCCCAGUGGUUUACAUGGUGAACAAGGCCCUCAAGGCUUCAGAGGUGAACAUGGCCCUGCCGGUGCUAAAGGUGAUAGAGGACUUCCUGGUCCACCUGGAAUUAAAGGUGAUCAUGGUGAUAGAGGAGAAAAUGGAUUGUCAGGUGCUUCUGGUGCUGCAGGACGACAAGGGCCACCUGGUGAGAAAGGAGCUAAAGGAUCAGCAGGGCCUCAAGGACCUGAUGGCGAAAAGGGCCAAAGAGGUGAGCCAGGCUCAAUUGGCUUACCAGGAAUCAGAGGACCACCUGGACCACCCGGUGAUCCUGGGCAACCAGGAAUUCAAGGGAUUCAAGGACCUCCAGGCCUACCUGGCAAUCCUGGUCAACCUGGAGCUAAAGGUGAGACUGGUGAGCCUGGAAGAGUGAUCAAUGCAGCAGGUUCUAGCUCAGUGGCAAUCCCAGGACCACCUGGAAGCCCUGGUCCUCCUGGCCCAGCUGGAUCUCCAGGACUCUCAGGACCCGUUGGCCCUGCUGGACUUCCUGGUCAGCCUGGUCCUAAAGGUUAUAAGGGAGAUCAAGGAGAACCGGGUAUUGCUGUUAGCGCUGGUGAGACUUUGGUUGCAACGCAAGCAGAAAGACAGUAUGGUUCUGCACAUGUUGGUGUUUCUGGACCACCUGGUCCUCCUGGUCCCCCAGGGCCUCCUGGACGUCCAGGUGAUUCUAGACCAGGUCCACCGGGACCACCUGGCGAACCAGGCGCACCAGGAUAUGGCAGACCUGGUCCUAAAGGAGACAAGGGAGAUUCAGGAAACUUUGUGCCUAAUUCAGGAACAUUUUUUGCGGGACCACCUGGGCCAUCAGGACCUCCAGGGCCUAAGGGAGCAACAGGUGCCCAGGGUCCAAGAGGAGACCAAGGGGAACCAGGUCAACCUGGCCUUCCAGGGAGUCCCGGUAGAGUUAUCUCUGAGUAUGGUGUGGCUCAAGGUCCACCUGGUCCCCCAGGACCUCCUGGAACACCCGGACGAGAUGGCCGUAAAGGGGAUCCUGGAGUACCAGGUACAUCAACAUUCCAAGGAGAAUCCAGAGUAUCAGGAGCAGUUGCAGUCGGGCCCCAAGGGCGGCCUGGUCCCCCAGGACCUCCUGGUCCUCCAGGUCAUUCUAGUGGAUCCCAUUCUACUGCAGACUAUCGUCGUUACAUCAUGGAGUAUAUGCAGAGUGACAGCAUGAGGCAGCAUUUUUCUGGUAUUCAGGGGCCACCUGGUCCACCUGGGCGUUCAGUGUCUGUAGAGGACGUGGCGUCUCGGGUUAUCGCUUACAUUCAGCGCUCUGGAAUUAGCGGUAACAGUAUUGGCCAAGGUCCUCAAGGACCUCCAGGACCUCCUGGCCCACCUGGAAGUAUAAGUGCUGAAUACAUCAUUUCCCUUUUACAGAGUGAAGAUGUGAGGCGUUACGUGACUGGCCCUCCAGGACCACCGGGUUCACCUGGCGUUAGUGCUAGUACCUUUAGCGCACAGGAAGUGGCAAACUAUGCCAUCAGAAUGAUGAAUGAGCAGGGGAUGACAGGCAGAACUGGACCACCAGGUCUUCCCGGCCCACCUGGGCAGCCUGGCCAGCCAGGUGCUUCCUACAGUGAAAUAACCACUCUGCUUCAGGGGUCAGGGCUUAGUGGAAGCGUUGGACGUCCUGGGCCCCCUGGUCCUCAAGGUAUACAGGGACCCCCUGGUUUGCCUGGCACCCCAGGAGGCUCCUCUGCAGUCUCUGGUUACAAACUAGAGGACAUCCAGCUCUAUCUACAGAAGUCUGGUUUUAGGGGACCUCCUGGCCUACCUGGCCCACCAGGACCCCAGGGUCCUCCAGGAGACACUAGGGGCCUUGUAUCAUAUUCAGGAUCUUCUGCACGAGAACAGAUCCGUGCUGAGCUGCAGGACUACCUAAACAGUGACACCGUGAGGCGCUACGUUCAUGGUCCCCCUGGGCCUCCCGGACCGCCUGGUCAGAAGGGUGAACGUGGUGAAGCCGGACACAGUUAUCACAGUGCCAGAAGCCAAUACCGCUAUGGCUCUGAGAUCAGUGAACCAGUGGACUACUCCAAUGUUGCACUCAAAGUCACUGAUUACAUUAAGAAUCAAGGUAUACUGCAGGACCUGACAGAGGGAUACUGGAGAACACAAGCAGGUAGGAUCCAAGGACCCGCUGGGCCUCCUGGUCCUCCCGGGCCACCUGGGUACAGCCGUGUGAUUGGUGCCUAUGGAAAUGUGACGGCUGACUUAAUGGACUUCUUUAGAACAUAUGGGACCAUCCCAGGGCCUCCUGGCAGGCCAGGACCCAAAGGAGACAGAGGAUACCCUGGUCCUAAAGGAGAAAAGGGGGAAUUGGGGAGCUCAGGGAUACCCGGCCUUCCGGGACAAAGAGGACCAGAGGGACCAAUGGGAGAAAAGGGUGAAAAAGGUGAUUUCCAGACUGGUAGAUGGAUUCGGACUAGUGGUGUGUAAGGGCACACACAUUUGAAGCAGCACACUUUCGUGGAUGCACUGACUUUGUAAAGAAACAAUACAUAUCUUUAAGAAGAUAAAUUCAUAAACUAGCCUUUUUUUAUGAAGUAAUUCAGCUCAGAGGCUUGUUUGGGUCCUAUUUUAUCAGUUUUAUAAUCAACCAAAUGCAUGCAAUAUUAUAAUCCAUACAUUUCAAACAAUUUUCAGCUUUACUAGCGUGGGUUGAAGACCCGUCUUAGUUUUCAUUAUCUAACAUUUAAUAUAGCACUUGAAAUGUACUUUCUACCCAGUAGUGGACUUUGUAAUUGCCUUGUGUUUUUUUUUGUAUUGUAUGAAUCUUGUCUAUGGUGAUGUUUGCAUUUUUUUUUUAAAAGUAACAUGGAUGGUACACUAAAAAAGAGGUCUUAAACACUUGAGAUUUUUUAGACCAUGUGCUGUAAUGUGAGUUAUUAUUACAAGUAAAAAGCCACUGAAUGUGUAACAAAGAAUGGAGUAUGAUGUUACUCCUACCCAAACGGUUUCGAUACUGAGCUACAAAAAACACCAAACAAAUCAAAGAAAAUACAAUGAGUUUUAUUUACAGCAUUAUUACAGUAUACCAAUGGACACAAGCGAUUAGAUACAUAAAUUGACCUCAAAAAAUGAAUCAGAUAUUCCAUCAAAGUGCUGCAGGAGGUUAAGGUCACUGUUCAGCAGUAUGACACUGGGAUAUCGGCCCUUUCUUUCUGUCUCUGAACAAGUAUCUUGAUGUGUAAUGCACUGUUUGUGCAAAUACUAACUUUUAGAACCAGCCUUUGUAAAAUGCAUCGUCUAUUAAAAAAAUUCAUGUCUCUGGUAAA